GUCACGCACAUCUGAUGGGGUAUAAAUGAAAGCGAAUUGCUCCUCUUCGUCGUAACAAACCAUGUCAGCCGCCAGGACACCGUCUCGUUACUCUACCCCUGGGAUGUUCAGCACAUUCAAGUUGGACUGCAAGGCUGCUGCACUCGAGUUCGUCGGGACAACAUUCUUUCUACUCCUAGGGCUCGGAGGUAUUCAGGCGGCCAAUGGCGAGGCUGAGUCCAGUGGCACCACCAUCGAACAUGUCAUGUACAUCGCGACAUCCAUGGGUUUCAGCCUUCUAGUCUCCGCUUGGUUGUUCUACAGGAUCACCGGUGGCCUCUUCAACCCCAACAUCACACUCGCACUGUUUCUCGUGGGAGUGAUGAAUCCCGUAAGAUUCGUGUUGUUCUGCAUCGCACAACUGGUCGGAAGCAUUGUUGCAUCGGCGUUGUUACUUGCGCUGACCCCUGGACCGCUGGCUGUCAACACGUUCCUCCAAAAGGGAAUCAAUUCAGCUCAAGGCGUUUUCAUCGAAAUGUUCCUCACAGCAGCGCUGGUGUUAGCCGUUCUGAUGCUCGCCGCUGAAAAAUCUCAAGUUACUCCAUUUGCACCGGUUGGCAUUGGCCUCACACUGUUCGUUGGACAACUAUGGGCCGUCUUUUACACGGGUGCGGCUAUGAAUACGGCACGUGCAUUCGGGCCUGCUGUCGUUACCGGGUUUCCUUACCCUAGCCAAUGGGUGUACUGGGUUGGACCCUUCCUCGGCUCUCUACUGGCAUCUGCCUUCUACGCCAUGUUGAAAUGGAUGCACUAUCAAGAUUUGAAUCCUGCACAGGCGUCCACGCAUGAGAAGGACUCACCAGAUCCACUUGCCGUGGCACUGAGUAAUACGGACAACCCUUUGUCCGACAGAAACGGUGCAGGAAGGAGCGAGGGAAGCGGGUCUAGUGAAGUGUAGACUCAUUUUCAACCUCUAAAGACUUUCGCUCGACUAGGACAUGUAAGCCAAUGGGCAGCACAGUUUUA